AUGGAGGAUGCAUUCGCCCUGCUGCUGCAUCUUUACCUCUUAUUAGAGAGGCAAGGAACAGAAAGCAGCUUGUUGUCCCCAUUCCACCGGCGCACAGGCACGUGCUCAAAGCACAACACACUCCACAGCUCGGAGCCUGAGUUUGGAGUCAGGUUUGGGGUAAGGUUUGAGAUCAGGUUUGAGAUCAGGUUUGAUGUCAGGUUUGGCAUCAGGUUUGAGGUCAGUUCUGACGUCAGCUUUGCCGUCAGGUUGGAAGUCAGGUUUAACGUCAGGUUGGACGUCAGGUUCGAGGUCAGGUUUGAGGUCAGGUUUGAGGUCAGGUUUGAGGUCAGGUUUGAGGUCAGGUUUGAGGUCAGGUUUGAGGUCAGGUUUGAGGUCAGGUUUGAGGUCAGGUUUGAGGUCAGGUUUGACGUCAGGUUUGACGUCAGGUUUGAGGUCAGGUUUGAGGUCAGGUUUGAGGUCAGGUUUGAGGUCAGGUUUGACGUCAGGUUUGAGGUCAGGUUUGACGUCAGGUUUGAGGUCAGGUUUGACGUCAGGUUUGAGGUCAGGUUUGACGUCAGGUUUGAGGUCAGGUUUGACGUCAGGUUUGAGGUCAGGUUUGAGGUCAGGUUUGAGGUCAGGUUUGAGGUCAGGUUUGAGGUCAGGUUUGACGUCAGGUUUGACGUCAGGUUUGACGUCAGGUUUGACGUCAGGUUUGAGGUCAGGUUUGAGGUCAGGUUUGACGUCAGGUUUGAGGUCAGGUUUGAGGUCAGGUUUGAGGUCAGGUUUGAGGUCAGGUUUGAGGUCAGGUUUGAGGUCAGGUUUGAGGUCAGGUUUGACGUCAGGUUUGAGGUCAGGUUUGAGGUCAGGUUUGAGGUCAGGUUUGACGUCAGGUUUGAGGUCAGGUUUGACGUCAGGUUUGAGGUCAGGUUUGAGGUCAGGUUUGAGGUCAGGUUUGAGGUCAGGUUUGACGUCAGGUUUGAGGUCAGGUUUGAGGUCAGGUUUGAGGUCAGGUUUGAGGUCAGGUUUGAGGUCAGGUUUGAGGUCAGGUUUGAGGUCAGGUUUGAGGUCAGGUUUGAGGUCAGGUUUGAGGUCAGGUUUGACGUCAGAAAUAGGUUUGAGGUCAGGUUUGAGGUCAGGUUUGACAUCAGGUUUGAGGUCAGGUUUGAGGUCAGGUUUGAGGUCAGGUUUGAGGUCAGGUUUGAUGACAGGUUUGAGGUCAGGUUUGAGGUCAGGUUUGAGGUCAGGUUUGAGGUCAGGUUUGAGGUCAGGUUUGAGGUCAGGUUUGAGGUCAGGUUUGAGGUCAGGUUUGAGGUCAGGUUUGAGGUCAGGUUUGAGGUCAGGUUUGAGAUCAGGUUUGAGGUCAGGUUUGAGGUCAGGUUUGACGUCAGGUUUGAGGUCAGGUUUGAGGUCAGGUUUGAGGUCAGGUUUGAGGUCAGGUUUGAGGUCAGGUUUGAGGUCAGGUUUGACGUCAGGUUUGAGGUCAGGUUUGAGGUCAGGUUUGAGGUCAGGUUUGAGGUCAGGUUUGAGGUCAGGUUUGACGUCAGGUUUGACGUCAGGUUUGAGGUCAGGUUUGAGGUCAGGUUUGAGGUCAGGUUUGACGUCAGGUUUGACGUCAGGUUUGACGUCAGGUUUGACGUCAGGUUUGACGUCAGGUUUGAGGUCAGGUUUGAGGUCAGGUUUGACGUCAGGUUUGACGUCAGGUUUGAGGUCAGGUUUGAGGUCAGGUUUGAGGUCAGGUUUGACGUCAGGUUUGAGGUCAGGUUUGACGUCAGGUUUGACGUCAGGUUUGAGGUCAGGUUUGAGGUCAGGUUUGAGGUCAGGUUUGAGGUCAGGUUUGAGGUCAGGUUUGACGUCAGGUUUGACGUCAGGUUUGAGGUCAGGUUUGAGGUCAGGUUUGAGGUCAGGUUUGAGGUCAGGUUUGAGGUCAGGUUUGAGGUCAGGUUUGAGGUCAGGUUUGACGUCAGGUUUGACGUCAGGUUUGAGGUCAGGUUUGAGGUCAGGUUUGAGGUCAGGUUUGAGGUCAGGUUUGACGUCAGGUUUGAGGUCAGGUUUGAGGUCAGGUUUGAGGUCAGGUUUGACGUCAGGUUUGACGUCAGGUUUGAGGUCAGGUUUGAGGUCAGGUUUGAGGUCAGGUUUGACGUCAGGUUUGAGGUCAGGUUUGACGUCAGGUUUGACGUCAGGUUUGAGGUCAGGUUUGAGGUCAGGUUUGACGUCAGGUUUGACGAUAGGUUUGAGGUCAGGUUUGAGGUCAGGUUUGACGUCAGGUUUGACGUCAGGUUUGAGGUCAGGUUUGAGGUCAGGUUUGACGUCAGGUUUGAGGUCAGGUUUGAGGUCAGGUUUGAGGUCAGGUUUGAGGUCAGGUUUGAGGUCAGGUUUGAUGUCAGGUUUGAGGUCAGGUUUGAGGUCAGGUUUGAGGUCAGGUUUGAGGUCAGGUUUGAGGUCAGGUUUGAGGUCAGGUUUGAGGUCAGGUUUGAGGUCAGGUUUGAGGUCAGGUUUGAGGUCAGGUUUGAGGUCAGGUUUGAGAUCAGGUUUGAGGUCAGGUUUGAGGUCAGGUUUGACGUCAGGUUUGAGGUCAGGUUUGAGGUCAGGUUUGAGGUCAGGUUUGAGGUCAGGUUUGAGGUCAGGUUUGAGGUCAGGUUUGACGUCAGGUUUGAGGUCAGGUUUGAGGUCAGGUUUGAGGUCAGGUUUGAGGUCAGGUUUGAGGUCAGGUUUGACGUCAGGUUUGACGUCAGGUUUGACGUCAGGUUUGAGGUCAGGUUUGAGGUCAGGUUUGAGGUCAGGUUUGAGGUCAGGUUUGACGUCAGGUUUGAGGUCAGGUUUGAGGUCAGGUUUGAGGUCAGGUUUGAGGUCAGGUUUGAGGUCAGGUUUGAGGUCAGGUUUGAGGUCAGGUUUGAGGUCAGGUUUGAGGUCAGGUUUGACGUCAGGUUUGACGUCAGGUUUGAGGUCAGGUUUGACGUCAGGUUUGACGUCAGGUUUGAGGUCAGGUUUGAGGUCAGGUUUGAGGUCAGGUUUGACGUCAGGUUUGACGUCAGGUUUGAGGUCAGGUUUGAGGUCAGGUUUGAGGUCAGGUUUGACGUCAGGUUUGAGGUCAGGUUUGACGUCAGGUUUGACGUCAGGUUUGAGGUCAGGUUUGAGGUCAGGUUUGAGGUCAGGUUUGAGGUCAGGUUUGAGGUCAGGUUUGAGGUCAGGUUUGAGGUCAGGUUUGACGUCAGGUUUGAGGUCAGGUUUGAGGUCAGGUUUGAGGUCAGGUUUGAGGUCAGGUUUGAGGUCAGGUUUGAGGUCAGGUUUGAGGUCAGGUUUGAGGUCAGGUUUGAGGUCAGGUUUGACGUCAGGUUUGAGGUCAGGUUUGAGGUCAGGUUUGAGGUCAGGUUUGAGGUCAGGUUUGAGGUCAGGUUUGAGGUCAGGUUUGAGGUCAGGUUUGAGGUCAGGUUUGAGGUCCAGUUUGACGUCAGGUUUGAGGUUAGGUUUGACGUCACGUUUGAUGUCCGGUUCGACGUCCGGUUUGUGGUCAGGUUUGACGUCCGGUUUGACGUCAGGUUUGAGGUCAGGUUUGAGGUCAGGUUUGAGGUCAGGUUUGAGGUCAGGUUUGACGUCAGGUUUGAGGUCAGGUUUGAGGUCAGGUUUGAGGUCAGGUUUGACGUCAGGUUUGAGGUCAGGUUUGACAUCAGGUUUGAGGUCAGGUUUGAUGUCAGGUUUGAGGUCAGUUUUGAGGUCAGCUUUGACGUCAGGUUUGAGGUCAGGCUUGGCAACAGGUUUGAGGUCAGGUUUGAGGUCAGGUUUGACGUCAGGUUUGACGUCAGGUUUGAGGUCAGGUUUGACGUCAGGUUUGACGUCAGGUUUGACGUCAGGUUUGACGUCACGUUUGACGUCCAGUUUGACGUCCGGUUUGUGGUCAGGUUUGACGUCCGGUUUGACGUCAGGUUUGAGGUCAGGUUUGACGUCAGGUUUGACAUCAGGUUUGACGUCAGGUUUGAGGUCAGGUUUGAGGUCAGGUUUGACGUCAGGUUUGAGGUCAGGUUUGAGGUCAGGUUUGACGUCAGGUUUGACGUCAGGUUUGACGUCAGGUUUGAGAUUCGGUUUGAGGUCCGGUUUGAGGUCAGGUUUGACGUCCGGUUUGAGGUCCGGUUUGAGGUCAGGUUUGAGGUCAGGUUUGAGGUCAGGUUUGAGGUCAGGUUUGAGGUCAGGUUUGAGGUCAGGUUUGAGGUCAGGUUUGAGGUCAGGUUUGACGUCAGGUUUGACGUCAGGUUUGACGUCAGGUUUGACGUCAGGUUUGAGGUCAGGUUUGACGUCAGGUUUGAGGUCAGGUUUGACGUCAGGUUUGACGUCAGGUUUGACGUCAGGUUUGACGUCAGGUUUGAGGUCAGGUUUGACGUCAGGUUUGAGGUCAGGUUUGAGGUCAGGUUUGACGUCAGGUUUGAGGUCAGGUUUGAGGUCAGGUUUGAGGUCAGGUUUGAGGUCAGGUUUGACGUCAGGUUUGAGGUCAGGUUUGAGGUCAGGUUUGACAUCAGGUUUGAGGUCAGGUUUGAUGCCAGGUUUGAGGUCAGGUUUAAGGUCAGGUUUGACGUCAGGUUUGAGGUCAGGUUUGACGUCAGGUUUGACGUCAGGUUUGAGGUCAGGUUUGAGGUCAGGUUUGAGGUCAGGUUUGAUGUCAGGUUUGAGGUCAGGUUUGAGGUCAGGUUUGAGGUCAGGUUUGAGGUCAGGUUUGAGGUCAGGUUUGAGGUCAGGUUUGAGGUCAGGUUUGACGUCAGGUUUGACGUCAGGUUUGACGUCAGGUUUGACGUCAGGUUUGAGGUCAGGUUUGACGUCAGGUUUGACGUCAGGUUUGACGUCAGGUUUGACGUCAGGUUUGAGGUCAGGUUUGAGGUCAGGUUUGAGGUCAGGUUUGACGUCAGGUUUGACGUCAGGUUUGACGUCAGGUUUGAGGUCAGGUUUGAGGUCAGGUUUGAGGUCAGGUUUGACGUCAGGUUUGAGGUCAGGUUUGACGUAAGUUUUGUCGUCAGGUUUGAGGUCAGAAUUAAGGUCUGGUUUGAGGUCAGGUUUGACGUCAGGUUUGACGUCAGGUUUGAGGUCAGGUUUGACGUCAGGUUUGAGGUCAGGUUUGACGUCAGGUUUGACGUCAGGUUUGAUGUCAGGUUUGAGGUCAGGUUUGACGUCAGGUUUGACGUCAGGUUUGAGGUCAGGUUUGAGGUCAGGUUUGAGGUCAGGUUUGAGGUCAGGUUUGACGUCAGGUUUGAGGUCAGGUUUGAGGUCAGGUUUGACGUCAAGUUUGAUGUCAGGUUUGAGGUCAGGUUUGAGGUCAGGUUUGACGUCAGGUUUGAGGUCAGGUUUGACGUCAGGUUUGACGUCAGGUUUGAGGUCAGGUUUGAGGUCAGGUUUGAGGUCAGGCUCUAUGUCAGGUUUGAGGUCAGGUUUGAGGUCAGGUUUGAGGUCAGGUUUGAGGUCAGGUUUGGCAACAGGUUUGAGGUCAGGUUUGAGGUCAGGUUUGAGGUCAGGUUUGACGUCAGGUUUGACGUCAGGUUUGAGGUUCGGUUUGAGGUCUGGUUUGAGGUCAGGUUUGACGUCAGGUUUGACGUCAAGUUUAAGGUCCGGUUUGACGUCAGGUUUGACAUCCGGUUUGAGGUCCGGUUUGAGGUCCGCUUUGACGUCAGGUUUGACGUCAGGUUUGAGGUCAGGUUUGAGGUCAGGUUUGAGGUCAGGUUUGAGGUCAGGUUUGAGGUCCGCUUUGACGUCAGGUUUGACGUCAGGUUUGAGGUCAGGUUUGAGGUCAGGUUUGAGGUCAGGUUUGACGUCAGGUUUGACGUCAGGUUUGAGGUCAGGUUUGAGGUCAGGUUUGACGUCAGGUUUGACGUCAGGUUUGACGUCCGGUUUGACGUCAGGUUUGACGUCCGGUUUGACGUCAGGUUUGACGUCAGGUUUGAGGUCAGGUUUGACGUCAGGUUUGAGGUCGGGUUUGGGGUCAGGUUUGACGUCAGGUUGGAGGUCAGGUUUGAGGUCAGUUUUGAGGUCAGGUUUGGCGACAGUUUUGACGUCAGGUUUGAUGUCAGGUUUGAGGUCAGGUUUGGGGUUAGGUUUGAGGUCAGGUUUGAGGUCAGGUUUGACAUCAGGUUUGAGGUUGGUCGGGUUUGA